AUGACUGAAAUUCAAAGAAAGGGCAUUCCACUUGCACUUGCUAAACGAGAUGUUUUAGGUGCUGCUAAAACAGGUAGUGGUAAAACACUGACUUUCCUUAUUCCAGUAUUGGAGAUUUUGUUUAGACAACAAUGGAAUGCAGCAGAUGGAUUAGGCGCCUUAAUUAUUUCGCCUACUCGUGAAUUAGCAGUUCAAAUCUUUGAAGUUCUUAAAAAGAUUGGCCGAACACAUACAUUUUCAGCAGGUUUGAUUAUUGGUGGCAAAGAAUUCAAAGUAGAGCAAGAGCGUAUAGCACGUAUGAACAUUUUGGUAUGUACACCUGGACGACUUUUGCAACAUAUGGACCAAUCUGUAGGCUUUUCAUGUGAUAAUUUACAAGUUCUUGUGCUAGAUGAAGCAGAUCGUAUUAUGGAUAUGGGUUUCCAAAACACAAUGAAUGCUAUCAUUGAAAACUUGCCACCUCAACGACAAACACUCAUGUUUUCUGCUACACAAACUCGAUCUGUUAAAGAUUUAGCUCGUCUAUCGUUAAGAGACCCUGAAUAUGUUGCUGUCCAUGAAAAGGCAGAACACAGUACGCCCAAGACUCUUUCUCAACACUAUGUUGUUACAGAACUUCCUAAAAAAUUGGAUGUGCUUUACUCAUUCAUUAAAACGCACUUAAAAAGCAAAACUAUUGUAUUUUUGAGUAGUUGUAAACAAACUCGAUUUGUCUUUGAAUCCUUUUGUAAACUUCAACCAGGUGUCCCCAUCAUGCAUUUACAUGGCAAACAGAAACAAACAAAACGAGUUGAUAUUUUUAGAAAGUUUACAUCAAGUCAACAUGCUGUCUUGUUGUGUACAGAUAUAGCAGCUCGUGGUUUAGAUUUCCCUGCAGUAGAUUGGGUUGUUCAGCUGGAUUGUCCUGAAGAUGCUGAUACAUAUAUUCAUCGUGUCGGUCGUACAGCUCGUUUCGAUGCAGAUGGCCAUGCUCUUCUUAUCUUGGUACCUUCUGAGGUUGAAGGUAUGACUGAAGAGCUCAAAAAGAAACGUGUACCUAUUGAAGAAAUCAAGAUCCGAAAUAAUAAACAGCAAACGAUUCAAAAGCAAUUACAAAGCUUUUGUUUCCAAGAUCCCGAGAUUAAAUAUCUUGCCCAACGUGCCUUCGUAGCCUAUAUGCGAUCAGUCUAUCUUCAACGUAAUAAAACAGUUUUUGAUGUCACCAAGUUACCUGCAGAAGAAUUCGCACUUUCAUUAGGGUUAGUAGGUGCUCCUAAGAUUAAGUUUGUUAAGAAGGCAGAAAAGAAGAUGGGUGCACGAAAACCAGAAGAGGAGAAAGAAGAGGAAGAGGAAGAGGAAGAAGAAGAGGAAAAAAGUACAACAAAAGAACAAAAGACUAAAUAUGAUCGUAUGUUCCAACGAAAGAAUCAAGAUAUUUUGUCUGAGCAUUAUAAUAAACUUGUUGAUUAUGAGGGUGAUAAAAUCAAAUUAGAUGAUAAUGAUGAAGAUGACGAAGACUUUCUUACCAUUCAACGUGUUGAUCAUGACUUGGAGAGUGAUAAUGAAGAAGAUAUCAGUGAUUUAGUAGGAGAAAAUAUAUCCAAACGAAAGUUAAAGAUGACCAAAAAAGAACGAGUCAAGACCAUGCCUCGUGGUGAAAAGGUUCUUUUUGAUGAAGAGGGCAAUGCUCAUGCUAUGUAUGAAUUGGUUGAUGAAGAAGACUUUUUGAAGGAAGGCGAUGUUAAAUCACAAAUUAAGGCAUUUAUUGAAGAAAAAGGUGAAGCUAUGCAAACUGCUGAUAAGGAAGAUAAAGAGAUUGCUAAACAAAAGCGACUUGAAAAGAAGAUCAAGAGGAAGGAAAGAGAGAGAGCUGCUAUGAAGGAAGAAAUGGGUGAAGCUUAUUCAAGUGAAGAAGAGAAUGAUGAGGAUUUAGCUAUAUCCGAAGAGGAAGAGGAAGUAUCUUCAGAAAUGUCUGAAGAAGAGACAGAUCGUAAAAGAAAAUGGUUUGAAGAUAGUGAAGAAGAAGAAGAAACAUCUAGUAAAAAGAGAAUUAUUGAUAUUGAAGAACCUCAAACAUUGGAGGAUCAAGAAGCUCUUGCACUUAAGCUUUUGGGUGCUUAA